AUGGGCGUCGCUGACCUUGAGAGUGGCCCAGAGAAGUCGCCGACGAAAUGUCUGAAGAAGUCCUUCAAGUGGGCCAUUGUUGGGGGUCUGGCUGGAGCUCUGGGGAUCGUGGGUCUGUUGUUGGGUCUACAUCUGUCAGGAAAUCUGACACAGGACAAGAAGCCAGAAAUUGUGAGUGCUGCCUCACAGGUAGCGGCAGUUCCAGGCACCAAGUUUGUCAAUUCUGCAGCAAACAGCUUAGGGGCUGCCUUGAUAUUAUCAAAUGACGAGGUCAAAGACGCAGCAUCCAAUGUCGUGGGUGGAGUCAAGGACACAGUCGCAGAUGUUGCGGACGCGGUGUCAAAUGUUGGUGAUGGUGUGAAAGAUGCAGCUGGGGGUGUAGGAGAUGUAGUGGCGGAUGUUGGUGGUGGAGUCAGGGACGCCGUAGGUGGUCUGGGAGAUGCGGUUGCUGGGGUUGGCGAUGGGUUGAAGGAUGCUGUGGGCAACUUUGGCGAUGCUGUAUCUGAUGCUGCGUCUAGUGUUAAAGAUGUUGUAGGCGGAGCGGGUGAUGUGGUGAAAGAUGUUGUAGAAGGCUUGGGGGGUGUUGUUAAAGAUGCCGGUGAUGUAGUGAAAGAUGUGGUUGGUGAUGCGGGUGGUGUCAUCAAAGAUGUUGUUGCUGAUGUCGGGGAUGCCGUGCAGGAUGUUGCAGGGGAUGCGAGUGAUGUCGUCAAGGAUGUUGUUGAUGAUAUUGGUGAUGCCCUUAAAGAGGUUGCUGAUGAUAUUGGGGAUGCAGUGAAAGAUGCCACAGAAGGCAUGGGAGACCUUGGGGAGCAGGUCAGUGAAAGGCUAAGUGACAUCUUAGAGGACAUCGGGGACGGCCUGGUCGAAGGGCUGGACGGAACAGGUGAUGCGUUUGGGACUCUUCUUGAUGAAUUAGGCAGCAUCGGGGACAUGGCUGACAGUGGCCUGGCUAUGAUGAUGAUGACGUCUGUACUUGGAACCAACACCCAGCCAUCACAGCAGAACGGUUCUCAGCUUGACAAAAGUAAUCCUUACAACGUCAUGCGUAUAUCUCAGCCACCGUCAAACCUGAGCAACAACCGCAACAGUGAUGCCUUAGGGAUGGCUUUGCUGACCAUGGAGGACGGUUUGAACACCGGGCUCGAUGGGGCUUUGAAUUUCGAUCUGAACUUGAGAUAA